AUGCAUUCUUUCUUUAUUAAAUUGCAUGUCAUCUUUUCUUUUUUUCAUCCUUUUUUUUUUUUUUUUUUUUUUUUCCCUUGGCUAAAAUUCCUACGAUAUUCUUUGGAUUAUUCUUUCUUUCUUUCUUUCUUUCUUUUUAUUUAUUUAUAUUUUAUGCUAUUUAUUGUCUCAUUAUUCUUUUUUUCUUUCUUUUUUGCCUUUUAUUUCUUCCGCGAUGUUUAUUCAUAUGUCAUUUUUCUUUUAUCAAUUUUAAUUAGCAAGUCUUUUUUUUAUGACUUUUCGCUUAUUUUAAUGUUUCUUCCACUUACAACUCAUUCCUUAUAUUUUUUUCGACUCUACUGUUUUACCUUCCCAACUUUAUUUCUUAUUUCUCGCCUUCUUUCUUUCUUUCCAUCUUUCCUUUCUUUCUUUCUACCUAUUUCUCACCUGUUCUUUUCUUCCUUUUUUCCUUCUCUCCAUUCCUUUUUCCUCCUUCCAUGUCAUCUUUUGCUCUUAUCUCCAUUCCUUCCUUCCUUCCUUCCUCCCUUCCUUCCUUUCCUCAUCCUUCUUUCCCUCCUUCCUUCCUUCUUUCCUUCCUUCCUUCCUAUCAUACUUUCUUCCUUCCCACCUCUUUUCUUUCCUUCUUUCCUUUCUUCUUUUUUUCUUGUCGUCUUUUCUUUUCCUUGCCCUUUCCUUCUUCGUUCUCACCAACCUUUCUCUUCUUCUUUCCGGCUUCUUUGCCUUCUUUCUUUUCUGAUUUUGCUCCUUCUUUCCGUCUUUCCUCACUGCUUGCCGUUUUGUCUUCUUUUUCUCUCCUUGCUUUUUAUCACACUUCAUUUUCCCUGUUUUUUCUUCUUCCUUCCUAUCUCCCUCUCUUUCUUUCCUUCACAUCUCUUUUCUUCGUUUUUCCUCCUCCCUUUGUUCCUUUCAGCGUCUUUUCUUCUUUCUCUUCCGCUGUUUCUUUUUUAUUCCUCUUUCCUUAUUCCCCAUCUCUUUUCUUUUCUUCCUUUUCGUGUCUAUUUUUCCUUCCUUCUUUCUACCUUGCCUGUCGUCUUUUCUUCUUUUUCCCCCUCUCCACUUUUGCCUGACCUUCUUUUCAUUCGGCUGUCAUUAAUCUAUUUUUCAUUCUAUAUAUUCCUUUUACCCAUUAUGCUCUCUUCUUUCUCUUUCAAUUUGCUUUGUUUUUCAUUCUAUUCAUUCAUUAAUUCACCAGCCGAAAAUAGUGCCGAUGUCUUCCUUAUAAUCUCGUCAUCCUUUUUCUCUCUUCCACUAUACGAUCAUUUCUCUCUUUUAGAUGUCUUUUUUCCUCCCCUUCACCUGCGACCAGCCGCCAACCAAAAGCGAUUUUCUCAACUCGUGAUAAGAUAUCUGCGAAUGGCGCGGCAAAGCAAAUAA